GGGCCCGGGGCCGAAGGUAAAAUGGCGGAGUUGGAAGUCGGGCAACAAUGUGUGGUGCAGCAUUGUCGACAGUUAGAUUUUCUGCCAUUUGUUUGUGAUGGGUGUUCAGGAAUUUACUGCCUUGAACAUAGAAGUAAAGAUGCUCAUCAUUGUUCUGGGGUAUGUUCAAGAAAACCAGUGAAAUCUGAAGGAACCUCUUCUUACAAAUGUACAUACAAAAGCUGCAAGACAAAAGAACUCUUGCCAAUAAUUUGCUUGCAUUGUGAGAAAAACUUUUGUCUGGGGCAUCGGCACCAGUCAGACCAUAAUUGUGAAAAACAAGAAGUGCCAAAAUCACGCUUGGUUGUCCCACAGCAAGUAGUUAAAGAGACUGUUGCUGAGAAUGCAGUCCCACUGAAGAAAGGUAGAAAAGGAGCAAGGAACAGUGCAACGGCUGCAAAAGUAGCACUUAUGAAGAUGAAGCUGCAUGCUGUUGGAGACAAGACCAUACCACAGGUUAAUAACGAGCGAGUAUUUUUUCAAGUUUUUUUGCCAAAAGGAAACAAAGAGAAAAGCAGAUCGAUGUUCUUCUGUUCCAAAUGGAGUAUUGGAAAAAUGGUGGAUAAUGCAGCUUCACUGUUGAACCUUAGGAAUGAUAACAAUAUUUUGGCUUCUAAGAAACUGAGGCUGUGCCACAGUGAAUCAGGAAGUGCAUUGCCCAUGGACCAAACUUUGGAAUUGUGGAUAGCAAAUACUGACUACCCACUGAUCAAUGGAGGAAUUAUUAUCCUUGAAUAUUUAGACAAUGAUUGUGUGAAAUUAGAAAGCACAAACUCAUACAUGGAAUGACAGUUUUAAAAAUGAACAAACCCUAAAUCACUGAUUUUAAUAGGAAAGUACUCUGAAGAAAAUUUGUUCUGUUGAUGCAUUUCAUGUAUUUAUAACCUUCUGAAAACGCUGUGUAAAUAGUACAAUCUUGUUAUAUUGCCAAACAUAUGUGAUUAUAAUUAAAUUUAAUAAAUUUAAUUUGGAAACCUUAAAA